CACCGUGAUAUGAGACUCAUUUAUUGAAAUAUAUUUUCUGGAAUGAAGUAGACAAGCAACAUAGAAAAGGUGUAAUUAUUUAUAAGUAAUGACAGUUAAUUUAUCUUUAGAUGCAUAUUUGUUCUUUGUGAUUAACCCCAAAAGUCUUUGGUGGAAGCAAAGAAACAAAUACGUCUAUUUGUAUAGACCUAAAGUCUGCUGGAGGAUAAAUCAUGCCAUUCACCCUAGAGUUUUUCAUACAAGCGAGCCUCGGUGUAAAUGGGCCAGAAGCAGAACAUUUUGGUGUGACAAAUACGUUUACAGCCAUGACUUUUUAUACUACGGAGUUUCUAAACUUUUAACUUCUUCUUCCAAAGGACUCACAAAAGUGAACAAUCGCAUGUCACGAAUUAAGAAUACUAUAGAAUCUGUUUCAAAGGCAGUGUCUGGCACUCACAGUGACCUGAUAUCACGGAUAGCUCGAUUAAAGUCACACUCAGGUACUCUGGGAAAAGCAAAUAAAAGUAAUGCAGGUGGAAAUAACAUCAGUACAAAUCUAGAAAACGAUAAACAAGUCACAGAUGCCAGAACUCAGGAGGAUUGUGACAGAGGCCCAGCUGCAAAGAAAUCCAGUUGUGCAAAUGAAAAGUCGGAGUUUAUGUUAGUAAGUUCAAGUGGCGUUAAUCAAGAUACUCCAGAAGAUUCAGCGUCUAUUAAAACACACCUUUUUCAUGUAAGCUACUUUUCUACUAAUUUUGGAGAGACUUUCAACUUUGUAGCUGAUCAUAUCAACUGGUACUUUAACAAUAUUGUUAUGGAUCAAGAGAAAAAAAGGAAUGCUUUGAUACCGGACUCUAAAAGUGAAGAAAGGAAUAAGCUUGAUUCAUCAGAAAAUACUGUAAUGAGUGAAGAAAACCCAGCAGCUACUUUAGCUCCUGAAGCAGAGACUCUGGGUGCUGAAAAGACAAAUACUGCUCUUCCAGUUUCCUCUAAAAGAAGUAUUGCAAACUUUCUUUCAUAUCCCAGUAACAGUGUACAAGCUUUUGUAGACAGUUACAUUGUUGGGUUAGUUCCCAAGUUGAGGUCUGAUACAAAAGUUGUUUCACAAGAAAAGAGUAAAGAGCCAGAACAAGUGUCUGAGAAAGAUGAGGAGGACGACGCAAAAGAGGCUAAGACUGCAGAAGAGAGGGAAAAGCGUCUGUCUCUUCAGAGAGAAAAAAUUAUUGCAAGAGUGAGUAUUGAUAACAGGACUCGAGCUUUAGUUCAAGCCCUACGAAGAUCCUCUAAUCGAAGAAUCUGUAUCAGCCGGGUUGAAGAGCUGAGCUAUCAUCUUCUAGAAUUUCCAGAGAGCAGAGGAGUUGCAAUUAAGGAAAAAUUAAUCCCAUGCCUACUGCGACUGAGACAGGCAAAUGACGAAAGUCUUCAGGCUGCUGUUAGAGAGACUUUAGCUAUAAUUGGAUAUACAGACCCUGUGAAAGGCUGGGGAAUUCGAGUCCUCACUAUUGAUGGGGGAGGAACAAGGGGUUUAGUUGCACUUCAGACUCUACGGAAACUAGAAGAGCUAACUGGAAAGCCGGUUCAUCAGCUUUUUGACUACAUUUGUGGUGUAAGCACAGGAGCAAUAUUAGCUUUUAUGUUGGGGUUGUUCCAUAUCCCUCUGGAUGAUUGUGAAGAACUGUAUCGCAAGUUAGGAUCAGAUGUUUUUAAGCAGAAUGUCAUUGUUGGAACAGUCAAAAUGGGUUGGAGUCACGCCUUUUAUGACAGUGAUAUCUGGGAAAAAAUGCUCAAGUAAGUAAAAAAAGAUCAGAUUAAAAAUAAUUAGUAGAA